UUUAGUAUCAAGAAGGAGUGAUCUUAUUGUUUCUAAUUUUAACAAUUUUCUUUCUGUGACCGACGGCACGUUUUGAAUUGCGACUCAAUAAUCAAAACUGUUUCUGUAAUUCUUUGUUUUCUCAGGAAACAAACACCGUCUUUUCUUCCGCCAUUGCCACCCUGUUCUCUCACUCCUCUUCUCACAUUAACUAGUGUGAAAGAAAACUCUCGAUGAAUCCACCAAAUGAAACCCUGGAUGAUUUCUCUCAAUUCCCUCUUCCCCAUUUUACUCUCACUCCUCCCUUACCAAAUCCUACCUCUAUUCCUAAUUUCCAUCCAAUCCCAAUCCUUAACCCGAAUGCCGCUCCUCCUCUCAAUGAUCAUCUAAUUUCCUUUCCAACCCCCAAAAAACGACGACGCGGCCGACCUCAACGCAGUGGCGCGACGUCGGCGUAUCAGUUCCUUACCUUCACCAAUGGCUCCUUCAGCCCCAACCUCCCGAACUCUAAUCCUAACCUUGACCUUAAUUCAAUAACCUCAUCAUCAGCGGCGACGGAACAAACUACACAACCCAAAAUUGACGACGAGAUCAUUGUGAUCAGUAAGGAAUCAACGGCAGAGGCUCUCACCGCUCUUUCUGCUGGAUUCCCUGCAGAUUCCCUCACCGAGGAAGAAAUUGAUUUCGGCGUCAUUUCCUCCAUUGGUGGCAUCGAGCAGGUAAAUUAUAUUCUCAUUCGAAAUCACAUUAUUGCAAAAUGGCGCGAAAAUGCAUCCAAUUGGGUGGCUAAAGACAUGUUUGUUGAUUCUAUACCGAAACAUUGUAGCACGAUUUUAAAUUCUGCAUAUAAUUAUUUAGUUACGUAUGGAUAUAUAAAUUUUGGGAUUGCCCCUGCAAUUAAGGAAAAAAUUCCUGCGGAACCGACUAGAAGUAAUGUGGUUAUUAUUGGUACCGGGUUAGCAGGACUGGCUGCGGCUAGACAGUUAAUGAGGUUUGGGUUUAAGGUGACGGUUCUGGAAGGGAGGAAACGAGCCGGCGGGAGGGUUUAUACAAAGAAGAUGGAGGGAGGGAAUAGGGUGAGUGCAGCUGCUGAUUUAGGUGGGAGUGUGUUAACAGGUACCUUGGGGAAUCCGUUAGGGAUUCUGGCGAAACAAUUGGGUUCUUCUCUUUUUAAGGUGAGGGAUAAAUGUCCACUUUACAGGACAGAUGGGAGUCCGGUGGAUCCGGAUAUGGAUAUGAAGGUGGAGAUGGCCUUUAAUAGGCUUUUGGAUAAAGCUAGCGAGCUUAGGCAGUUGAUGGGGGAGGUUUCUAUGGAUGUUUCACUUGGGGCUGCAUUAGAGACAUUUAGAGAGGUUUAUAGGGAUGCAGUGACUGAAGAAGAGAUUAAUUUGUUCAAUUGGCAUCUUGCAAAUUUAGAAUAUGCAAAUGCCGGAUUGGUUUCAAAGCUUUCACUUGCAUUCUGGGACCAAGAUGAUCCAUAUGAUAUGGGAGGGGAUCAUUGUUUCUUGCCUGGAGGAAAUGGAAGGUUGGUUCAAGCUCUGGCCGAGAAUGUGCCUAUUUUGUACGAAAAAACUGUGCAUACUAUCAAUUAUGGCAAUGAUGGAGUGCAGGUUAUGACAGGAAGUCAGGUGUAUGAAGGUGAUAUGGCAUUAUGUACGGUACCUCUCGGAGUUCUAAAGAGUGGGUCAAUCAAGUUUGUCCCAGAGUUGCCUCAGAGGAAGCUUGAUGGAAUAAAGAGGUUGGGAUUUGGGUUAUUGAACAAGGUUGGAAUGCUUUUUCCUUAUGUAUUUUGGGGUACAGACUUUGAUACCUUUGGGCAUCUUACUAAUGAUCCAAGCCGUCGAGGGGAGUUUUUUCUGUUCUAUAGCUAUGCAACAGUUUCCGGUGGUCCUCUAUUGCUUGCUUUAGUAGCAGGAGAAGCUGCACACAGGUUUGAGAGUCUGCCUCCUAUAGAUGUUGUGGCCCAGGUUCUCCAAAUUCUCAAGGGUAUAUAUGAACCACAGGGUAUCACUGUCCCCGAGCCCCUCCAAACUGUCUGUACCAGAUGGGGUGGUGAUCCCUUCAGCCUAGGUUCAUACUCUAAUGUUGCAGUGGGAGCAUCCGGGGAUGACUAUGAUAUAUUAGCUGAAAGUGUGGGGGACGGAAGACUUUUCUUUGCAGGGGAGGCCACUACAAGGCGAUACCCUGCCACCAUGCAUGGAGCUUUUCUUACUGGACUUCGGGAAGCUGCAAAUAUGGCUCAAUAUGCAAAGUCUCGGACUGCAAAGAAAAAGAUCAACAGGAGUCCAUCAAGUAAUGCUCAUUCUUAUGCUUGUGCCCUUAUGGAUUUAUUCAGAGAGCCUGAUCUAGAAUUUGGGAGUUUUUCUGUUAUUUUUUGUCAAAAGAAUGCUAAUCCGAAGUCACCAGCCAUUCUAAGGGUGACAAUUAGUGAGCCCCGAAAGAAGAAUCUGGAAAGCUCAAAGACAGAUCAGCAACAUUCGAAUCAGGUGCUUUUUCAGCAGCUCCAAUCACAUUUUAAUCAGCAACAACAGUUGCAUGUUUAUACAUUGUUAUCAAAGAAACAGGCAUUUGAGCUGAGAGAAGUGAGAGGUGGUGAUGAGAUGAGGUUGAACUAUCUGUGCGAAAAGCUGGAGGGUUUGGGACCUACUGCCGAUUCCAUCAUUGCUUCUAUUAAAGCACAAAAGGGCGUUCGAAAACCUUCUUCAACUCCUUUGGCUCCAAAAUAUGGUUUGGUAAAAGGGACAUCAAUGCUGAAAACUGGCACUUUAAAGCAAAAGUUCAUCAGGUAA